CGCUGCCCUCAUCAACCCACAAGGAUUUACGAGAAGGGACAACAGCCGUUCCUCACGACAGAGUAUGUGGAAAAAUAUCCCAAGUACAGCAACAUCUCUCCUCCCCGGAGCCUUAAGCCGAAACAAGAGUACCAAGUGCAUCGUGGGAAAAUGGAAGGGAUUACAACAUUUAAAUCUGAUUACUUACCAUAUGAUAUUGUGAAGCGACCUUUUCGGGUACCAGAAGAAUAUAAGCCAAAGACAGGAGAAAUAGAUCUGGGAACCACAUACCAGAAAGAUUAUAGUGCUCAUAAAAUACAACCAGUGGUAUUAAUAAGACCUCUAGAGAGAAAACACACUGCAGGAGGAAAAUUGGAUACUAUACCAACCUACCAAGAUGACUAUAGGACAUGGGAAGUUCAAAGAAGGGAACCUAGUAAGGUGGAACAUGUAUACUACCCACCUACAGUGAAGUUUGGAAAUUCUACUACUUUUCAAGAUGACUUUGUUCCUAGGGAACUGAAUCCCAGGCAAAGUUUUAAACCUCCCUGUGUGAACAAGCUUUCAGAUGGACCUUUUGAUAGCACUACCAGCCACCGCACCUCUUACAUUGCUCAUCCACUGGAACCAAAAUUUGUCAGGUCAAAAGAAGAGUACAAGCCAAGCAACCAACCCUUUCAGGAUCUCACAACCCACCGGAAUGAUUUUAAAGGACUACCUGGGCAACUUGCAAAAAGCUGCAAGCCUGAAAAUGCAAAAGUUGGAUCCAAUGCUCGUUUUAAUGGAGUCACUGAAUUCCAGGAUCGCUUUCAGCCAUGGUUGGUCUCCUUGCCUGAGCUCCGCAAAACAGAAGAGUAUGUUCCACCCCCAGGAAACAUGGAUUUUAACUCCACAAGCCAUCUUGAUUAUGUUAAGCAUGAGAUUUCUCCUGCUUUCCCAAUAAGACCAGCUUCUAACAGCAGAAGAACCAAUGCCCCUUUUCAAGGGAUUACUACUAUGAGGGAAGACUUUAAAGCUUGGGGCAGCUGUCGGCAAGCGAUUACUAAGAAACAGGAGGAAAUUCCAAAACCCACAGGAAAAUUUUAUGAUUUAACUACAUUCAGAUCUCAUUACAUACCACAUCAGAUCAUUCCAGCUCAGAGCUUCAAACCUGUGCAUGCCAUAGUUACCGAUUCAGCUCCUUUCCAAGGUGAAACGAUGUAUAGCACAGAAUACACACCAAAGAAACAAGAGAUCUGCCCAGCAAAUUACCCAUCUCCUCCAGGUUACAUCUAUCUAAGCACAGAUGCUCAUGGUCACAAAUUCUUCCGCCAGCUUACUCCAGAAUUUUCUGAGUCAAAUAGUAAUCCCAUUCCAAAGGAGGUAGCUGUUGUGUCAUAA